UUACCGUCGCCGUGUGUAUCGCUAAAGGAGUGCGAGUACGUGUGUAUGGUGGUAGCAAUCAGUGGUUGAUGGUACAUCAUGUUAGUCAGUGAGGGCGAUGGCAUGUGUGACUGGGAACCAGAGCGGAUAGCUUCAGUAGAUUUCAACAACCCGAGAAUAUAACUUGUCACCUAGUUCGCUGCAUGGCAAGUCCAGCAUAGCUUGUGUGUUAUGUUGUGUGAGCUAUUUGAUGACCCGACCACUGGUCGCGCGGUGUCGACCCAACUAUUUUCAGCCUGUUUGAAUCACCAGCAAAUGUCCCAGCCUUGUAAAGCCAUUGGACAAUCUGACGAAUAUACAGUCCUGCCGUGACUGUCCAUCUUAACUUAAUUUUCACCGAUCGAGGACGCAACUAUGAGCUAUGCCCGUAUUCUGGCUCACUACCCCUAUGUCGUUCUGCUGGUGGUCCUGGUGGUGGUGGCAACGUGUCUCGUGGUGUCCAUCAUCAAUGGGGAGACGCUGGACUUCAACGACCCACUGCUGGGAUUUGAACCCCGUGGGACAGAGAUCAGCGAGAGAACCGUUGCCUAUGACAACCUCAUCGACAACAUCGGCGGCAAGGCUAGUCUUACCCCCUUCAACUACCAGGCCAAUGAUCAGGUUCUUGAAAGAAGUCGGAAAAGGAAAAAUAAGAAAAAGAAUCGAAAAGGAAAAAAAUUUGGCAAGCAAACAGGAAGAGAUGAUUUGGACAAUGUGACUGAAGCUCUGAUUCAUGUUGAAGAUCUCCCCGAUGAUAAGUUUUUCUGUGGAAUUCCAUACAAGGAGUAUGCCAGAGUCGUGUACAAGGCAGUAGAUGGGUCGAAUCUGUUCACACUUCAUCAUAUCAAGGCCAUGUGCAAAAUGGAGACCCAAUAUCUGUCAUCAAAUUCACUCUUCACCGAACAGUGUAUUCACGUUGAGUCAGGGAAAAACUGUUGUCGAAGCUGGUCUUUAGGGAGCUACAUAGCGUUGCUAAGCAACAAAUCAAGCUGCCAUACAAUCACGGAAAAGGAUGUGUCCAAUGUCCUCAAAUUGCUCAAGUCUUGUUCCAACUACUAUAUUAAUUACACCAUGGGAAUUAACUGUGAGUAUUCUGAAGGAGCGUGGUACACAGCAUCGAGCUAUCCUCAGGAGGAGUGUCACGGAGUCCCAUCCAAAUGCACAAGGUACAAUGCAGUGUAUCAUCUCUUCCAUCAUCUUCUUGACGUCCAUUUUAUCCAAAAUGUUGCAGCUAAUUCCUCACCACAUUUGACGUAUGCCGUAACAUUUUUCCCAGUAGCAGGAAGCUCCUUAGAUCUAUACAAUUACAUGGAAUCAUUGCCAAGGACCUUUGAUGGUGUGGAAAUUGUUGGAGCUAAAUUCGAUCUUAAGUACAAGUUAUUCCAAGAGAUGUUGAAAUCAGAUACAAUUUGGUUGGCAUCUGCUGGUUGUGUAAUCUUCCUUGCCAUGUGGCUUUAUUCGGCAUCAAUUUUCAUCACCGUGAUGACCUUUUUAGCUAUGUUUUGGGCCCUUACGGUUGCCUAUUUCUUGUACAUGCAUGUGUUUGAAAUCAAAUUUUUCCCGUAUAUGAACAUGGUAACUGUUGUAGUCAUGAUAGGUAUUGGUGCUGAUGAUGUGUUUAUUUAUUGCAAAGUUUGGCACCUUGCCAAGGCGGAAAAAAAUAAUGGUACUCUUGAAAAAAUAGUCAAUGACACGUUACGUCAUGCAACGUUAUCGAUGCUGGUGACGAGUCUGACAACAGCGGCAUCAUUUUAUGCCAACUACAUCAGUGACAUCACCGCCAUUCAGUGCUUUAGUAUAUAUGCUGGGACAGCAGUCAUCUGUAACUUCUUCUUGUCUCUCACAUGGAUACCAGCUACAAUCAUGCUUUAUGAAAAAUGGUGCAAUUUUUGUGUAUGCUCCAGUCAUGAAUUUUAUACAGAAGAGAACAAUUUCUGCUACUAUUUGUGUCGAGUUCCAUACAAAUUGUACUAUGUCCUCACAGACUGGUCAAGGAUAUUUUUUGAGAAGCUCCUCCCAUGCCUUGUGAUUAAGUUCCGCUAUGUGUGGCUCGUCCUUUAUGGCGGUCUGGGAAUCUGUGGUGUGAUUGUCAUUUUUUACUACCCCAAAUUGAAACUGCCAUCUACGAGAAAAUUCCAAGUGUUUUCUUCCAAUCAUUGGCUGGAGAAGUAUGAUUUUCAGCUGAGUGAUAGCUUCAGUUUUGAGAAGAUGAAGGAAGAGGACAUCCCAGUGUUACCUGUUACUAUUGUGUGGGGGAUUCAUGCCAGUGACACAGGAGACAGACUCAAUCCCAAUGAGAAAGGUUCCCUCGUUCUAGACUCUGACUUUGACCUAGCUGAAGAGAGUGCUCAGCGAUGGCUUUUGGAAUUUUGUGCUCGGUUUCGAAAAUCUGAAUUUUAUCUCAACUCUCCUGGCUUACAACUCACCAACUGCUUCUUGGAGAAUUUUGCCAAUGAAUACAUGAAACGGCCAUGUACUCAAGAUGAAAAACCAUGCUGCAAUGAAACAGCUUUCCCUUUUCCUAAGAAUAAGUUCAAAAAAUGUCUUUUACGCUAUGUCCCUUUGCUCCAAAAAACUCCAGCAGUUCGUUACAAUAAGCAUUCCCCAGGACCUCGAUUCUCUAAUGGACGUAUCAGUGCCUUCAUGGUGGAGUUCCUUAGCAAUGAACCGUACAGCCAUUCCUACGAAAAAAUGAAACAGUUUUAUCUCAAAGUGAACCGCUGGGUGACAGAGGAAAUGGUGCAAGCCCCGGCUCAAAUGAGAAAUGGCUGGUUUGUGACAAAUUUAAAAUUUUAUGACCUCCAGAACAGUCUAGCUAAAGGAACACCUCUAGCUCUUGGGGUGUCGUUAUCAUUUGCAGCUAUUGUAGCUUUCUUCACUACAUUGAACGUCUUGAUCAGCUUCUAUGCUAUUAUUACAAUUGCGUGUAUAAUCAUCGUUACAGUUGCAUCACUGGUGCUACUUGGAUGGGAGCUUAACAUUCUUGAGUCUGUGGUCAUCACUGUAGCUAUAGGGAUGUCUGUUGACUUUACCCUACAUUACGGAGUAGCGUACAGACUCUCGCCAGACCUGGAUCGAGAAAUGAGAGUCGCUUGUUCAAUUGGUCGCAUGGGAAGUGCGGUCGCUAUGGCUGCAUUGACAACAUUCCUGGCCGGUGUGUUCAUGAUGCCCUCCACUGUUUUAGUCUAUCAAAAGUUUGGAACUUUUUUAAUGUUACUUAUUACCAUUGCAUGGAUAUAUUCCACUUUUUUCUUCCAGUCUCUGUUACGAACUAUAGGACCUCAGGGAGGGUUUGGUCAGUUUCAUUGGCCAGCUUCAGACUGUUGUUCACCGUCUGCCCGAGAACAUGUGGACAAGACGGUGUAUGCUAUGUCCGAGUCCACACUGUCCAGUUCAAGUACAAGCAACCCAAACCAUAUCAGUAGUGAGGUGCAUGAACUCGAGCCCUUGACCGAGGGUCAGGAGACUCACCCAAGGCAUUCCCACUUUCGUCAUCAUCAUCCUCAUCGUAUCAGGUCAAAGGGCCCUUAUACCCACAUGAGGGCGAGAAGCCCAGGUGGCUACGAGUCCAAACGUGGAACAUGUGUCACCUUCGAACCUUCUUCAGAAACCCAAACUUCUGAAGUGAUCAUUGAACAGCCUGAAACCCAUGAACCUGUGGAUUCCGGUAUUAUGUCUGGUGCUUCCCAAACUGACGCCAGUGAGAUCAAAGAGGGAUCAGGCCAUUGGGCAAAAAGUGAUGAACUUCUUUAAUUUGUUAAAAUUUGUAAGUUUGUUAGGGUUGGUUUGAAGCUACACAAAGAAUUAAGUACAUAUCUGAUACCUAUUUAUUCAAUGACUGUCAUCCUGUUUUAUAUUUUAGAUUGUUCUUCAAUAUCAAUUGGUAAUGUGACGUACAUGUUCUGCUGUAGUUUGUACGUGCACAUUUGAAUUAAUUGUUCUGGUACAUUUUCCAUUUUGGUCUUUUUCUUUAUUCUUGUCAUGUCAAUAAUUGAAAGAAAAAUAAAUUAAAUCUUCUAGAAACUUGAUGUUUCCCCUUAGCAAUACUUUUGAUACGUAUCUGAAGUGUAAUAUAUUACAUGUCAGAAGCAAUAUAUCAAACUCUCUAUGAGCAUACUUAGAUCUUGUAAACCAAGGUUUUAGAUAAACAAUGAUCUAACUGUUUGAUUUGCAUUCUAGAAGUUGGUGAGAAAAUAAGAAAGGAUUCUUUAUGCAUAACAACUUCUGGUUUAUUGCAUUAGCGACAUUUCGAUGUAGAUUCUUACACUGUUCUAAAGCUGGUGAAGGGUUUAAGAAACUACAUUGAAAUGUCACUAAUGCAAUGAACCAGAAGUUGUUAUCAAUAAAGAUGUACGUUUUCUAACAAUGAUAUGAACUGAAAGAAACUUUGGAAAUGCCAUAUUGUUUUAAAUAAAUAUUUAUAGAUGGAGCCAUGACCCUUCUGUUGAAUGCCACUGUAGAUCUAGAUGAUGUACUAGAUCAUUUAACAGAUGGACAAUUUGAAUUUCCUGAAUGAGCUUUUUCAAAUAUGCAGACUCGAGAUUAAUGCAGAGAUGAGAUCAUCUUGAAAGAAUUGAGAGUAAGGUUACUGCACAUUUGGUCAGUGAUCCAAGCACAUGGAAAACUGCAACAGGCCAGUGUUGCUCCAAUCUAAUUAACAAAGAUCUGAGGACAACAUCCCAUUCCGGGUCAUGUCAGAACGACCUUUCAUCCGACCAAUCAGAGCAUAGCUUACCAGAUCAUGAAAGUGACAGUCGGAAUGUGUUUUCUAAUCAUGCAACCUCGAAACAUUUAACACAGGGUUUUCCGAACAACAGUUACGGGAUUAAUGACUGAAUCCAUACAAUCUAGGGAAUCUAUUAGCCAUUCGAGAAUGUUCUUUUGUUUAGUUUCAAAUUUUUAAUAAAGAUAUUUAUCAAAAUUUCUUUUGAAGUGUAGUCGCCAGUUUCAAACUAGGGCCGUAAGGCAUGAGAGAGCUGCCUUCUGAUUGGCUAAUGUCGACUUCUUGUCAGUCAUUCCCUUAGUCGGUCAAAGUUCGCGAAAGGUGGGUGUGACGUGACCCAUAAUGGGAUGUCCUAAGAUCUUUGUUUAGCGGUAUUUUAAUGAGAUUGAUGUUGCUCUGUAGAUUAUAUAUAAGCAUUGAAACGUGAAUGAUGAUAUAUUUGGUAGGCCCAAUAACAUCUGAUGACCUAAUGAAAUAGUCAUAUCAACUAUACAAAUUCAACCACUUUAAGUUAACAGGUCUCCUCAGUGUGAACUAUUUGGUAUAAACUCUACACCUCAAGAUUGGUGGCUGAAUAUGUAACUCCAAAUAUCCAGGCAACGUAAGUCUGUAAGUCUGACUGCUGACACAGUUCUGAAUUAUUGCAAAAUAUUAAUUGUGAAAAGUUGGGUGAAGCGUCACUCACUCACGUCAACACUUUCUUGACAAAACAGAUUCACUGUUUACAUUCGUAACCAACUUGUGUUAUUCUAGGACAAGCUGAAUAGUGACUCGUGCCUCUCUCGUGGACAUUUGUAGCGACUGGGUUCCAUCUAAGAGGAAACAGGAAAGAGGAAAUAGCUAAAAGAUUUGUCAAAUCGUUGCUUAAUGAUUCAUGUAUAUUUUUCCCUAUAAAUGUUCCAGAUGCCAUCUUCAACACAUUGGGACUUACUGUAUUGUGCAACAUGAUUGACCACAUUUAACUGUUUGUUGGGUGUAUAUUUAGAUGCAAGACAUUUGUAAAGUAAAAAAUUAUUCCUGAAGGAUUCUUUGACCGAAGUACUUGAAGUCAUAUGCGCAUUAUGAUUGGUUUGUGGUAUUUUCGCACAUAACAUUCAUUGAUAUGGGGACGAGUCUUCUUGCAGGUUACGGAAAUGGGCAAGUGGUGACUCACUGUUAAUUUCAUUCCUGGCUACCUCACGACCACACAACUGCCUCAAAUCAGUUUUUGGUUCCAAAAUACCUACAGACGUAGAAAAUUGCUAGGUGUUCCUUUUGACAUGCACAUGAUGACAUACACCAUUGACAGUCCUACCAAACAUUCCUGCAUCAUGGGAAUCACAUCCAUUGACAGUUUUGUUUGUUUGUUUGUUUGUUGUUUAACGCCACACACAAUAUUCCAGCUAUAUGACGGCAGUCUGUCAAUGAUCGAGUCUGGACCGGACAAUCCAGUGAACACAGAUGUUUAAAUAGAUUGUUUUAAAAAAAAUACAUAAUAAAUUAAUGUUGAAAUUAUAAUCUGUAUAUGUGUAUUGUGGCCAUGCAUCUUUUGAAAUAAUGGUUGAUUGCUAGGCCGUGAUGUUUCACAUAAAUUGUUUUUAUGAUAAUUUCUAAGCAACAAUCAUUCGAUGGAAAUACCGGUAAUAUUUUUGUCUGUGUUUUAUCGUGUGGUCAUGAGGAUUGUUUGUGUAGGCAUUGCACCAUUGGGUUGGAGUAUGAUAACCAUGCAUUUUUAUUCUCAUAUUAUAGGGUUUAAUUUUUUAAUAACCCUGUUAAAGCAUUAAAUAUUGUGUUCAAAUCUUAAAAUAGUUCUUUGAUUGACAUGUCCAAUACUUAGUUCCUUUUCAUUUCUUCGGCCUUACCAGUUCAUAUUUCUACAGUUUUAGCUCGCCAAGAUCAUGAAAAAUUUAAUAAAUUUUAAAUUUGUCAGGCAGUAAAAUGUUAUAACAGCCUAUUUUCAAUGAAGCAGCAUGUUUUUUUUUACUUUUUAGGGAGACUAAUCCUCAAAACAACAAUAUAAAUUUAUCUGCCUUUAGGCUUCAAAAAAUAAAAGAAUUGGUUCUCAGGCAAUGUUUUUUGAAAAUAUAGUGUGUGUGGGCAGUGUCUUUGUUUUUCUUUUGGUUGUUCAAACUAGUAUGUAACCAAUAAACAGUUGUGUAAUCAAUAAACAAUUGUGUACAAUCAACCUGGGAGAGGGCCUGCCUACAUAAAUGUAUUCCUUGAUACGUAAAAAAUACUGGAAUACAGUAUUUGACUACUGUUGGACUUGGAAUAAUUAAGGAUUAUUUUUUUUUAAAGUGGAAAUAAAAACGAAACGUGCGGCGAGCUUUAUGAUGAUGCUGACGGUGCCUGAGAACCAAGACUAUUAUUUUUUUUAGCCUUAGUAAAAUUGACUUGUCAGAAAGUAAUACAGUAAGUCAACUUCAAUGGAAACAUUACUGAUGAUUGUUGUGCUGGACUCUCGAAGGAACACUACCGAUGUUUCCAGGUCUCAUCUAUAACCCAUCAUAUAACUGGGAAGUGGGAGGGACACACCAAAUACCAACCAGCAGUGUAACAUGGAGGUUUUAAUUUCAUAUUGCAUUUCUAAUGUUUUUAACUCUGCAUGAUACCCAGCACACUUGCUACAGGUUUGUCACUCAACAUGGUGUUGUUUUCUGUUUGUCAUCUAUCACCUGCACAGAAUACAUGUAUGCCACUUUUACAAAACCUUGGUCUGUGGUCAAAAUAACAUUAAAUGAGACUAUUUUAUUUCAUUUUUGGAGGUAAGAAGAUAUGAUCUUUAUUCAUAAGAAUGAUUAUUGAGCUUGGCUUUAAGAAUAUCUUUAAGCUGGACUUAUUUUUAAUUAUUCCUGAUUUUGAGGGAAGAUUGACUUGACAACAAUUUCAACCUCUUAUUCUUUAUUGUUAAUAAAUCGAUGCUGUCUUUCUUGAUACUACAGCUUCUGAAAUGAACCUUAAAAGAUAUUCUGACUUUUAAGGUCUGGAUACAUUAACUAUUAAAGAUACUGAACACACAAUGCCAUUUAGAAAGUGGUCAAAUGUUAUAUUUGGGAUAACAGUUUCUGAGUAAAGUAUAGAUUCUCGUACUUUUUGGGGUGUGCUCGCGAUUAGGUGCCGCACUCUGGCAGUGUGGGUUCGAACCCCAGACGGGACUCACCCCAAAAAUGUACGAGAAUCUGUACUUUACUCAGAAAGUGUUAUCCCAAAUAUAACAUUUGUUACAUUAAGAACAAGUCAGGCGGAAGUCCAAAUGAAUGAAAUGACACAGUUUAAUCUCUUAUGAAAUAAAGGUUAACAUAUAUACAAACAAAAAGAUGCCAGAUAAUUAAUUAUAUAAUGCCUACACUGAGGAAUAACCAGUCUCAAUUAUCUCCUAAAACAGAUUCCAUUUGGCGUAAAAGGCGAAAUAGCUGUGAAAGUUCUAUCUAUCGAUCAAUGAGAAUGAGUGAUGACACCAGGUGUUUUGGCAAAGUACGCAUUUCCUGCUCUAUAUGUUUUCUGUUGCAUCCCAACCAUGUAUUUAAAUGUUUGUUAUUUGAUACUUCUCCAAUGUAAGGCCAGAUGGACUGGGAAGUUUUAUUGUUAGAUUGUGUAGCAGUACCAAUUUGUAAACCAUCUGAUGUGCACAAAAAUUAAACAAUUAGGUAAACUAUCGGUAUUAUUCAGAACGAAGGAUAUUGUGUUAACUUGAGUUUUAUAUCAUGCUUCACUGAUGUGUAGUCCUUUAGCUCGACGUUAAGGCGUUAUGUACAUACUCAAGGAGGGAGACCAAAGGUGAAUGUUAAAUGAGGAUAUAUACCAAGUUUGAUUAGUGAAAAGAUAUAAUCCAAUUUAUCAAUGCAUUAGGUUAAAUAUAAUGUUAUGAUAAUAACAUUUUGGAGAACUCAUUUGUGUUUUCGGCAUCUAAAAAUGUCUAGACUUAUCUGAUCUGUGUUCUGCAUUUCCUCGUGAUUCUGUCAGCAAUUCUUAUAUAUCAGAUGAUCUAAGCUUGCCAGAGAAAUUUAUUUGUUCUAUUAUGAACCUCUGUGAGACUGUCAGCCAAAUGUUACCAUGGUUACUGACGGUGCUUAUGCUUGUUGCUUUGUCAAUGUAUUUGUCAUAGUAAGUAACCAUGAUAUAUGUGGUCUAAAUUGGAGAAACACCAUGACUUGUUUGUGUGAGGUAUUUGUCCACUUUUGCAUUUAAGAAUUUUUACCAGUCUGUGUUAACAUUCCAUUGCAUAAGCUGAGCAUGUAGAACAAGAACAGGUUUUAAUUGGAGACUACAAAUCCAAGCGUCUGUGACGUUUUUUAAACCUUUGUUUGCAUUAUUUGUAUGUAUUAUCAAUGCUGAAUAUGUACAUGUGUGUAUCAUUUGUAACCUCUUUGGAUUUUCCAUUGAUGCUUUUCACUAACAACAGAGUUUUGAUUCAUUCCAAUAAUUACUGAUCCAUGUUGGGCUGCAUUGAUAAACGUUGUUAAUACAGAUACUGUUGUUAAUAGUUGAUGGCUAACAAACUUAAGAUAAUGUCUUUUAAGUGUGAAAUAUUCAAAUGCUUUGUGUUUUUUUUUUGUGGUUAUUCUCAUGACAAUCAACAGCAUGACAAACAGUUUUGUGACAAACGGUAGUAUGACAAGUAGCAGUUUUGUGACGAACAGUUGUGUGACAAAUAGCAGUUUCAUGACAAUCAGUUCUAUGGCAAAGGACAUUUCUAUCUAAGGAACAGUUGCAUGCGAAACUGUUCCAUUACCAACAACCUGUUAUUGUGAGGUAAACAAUGCCGUAGUGGAUGCUCGAAGGAUGGCAUUCAGUCAAGUCCUCCAUUAACACAUGUCUAAGUUAAUAAUCGACCCUCUUUCAAAAAGGGACUGCUUAAUGUGUUUGUCUGGACUUGACUAUCGCCUCAUUUCUCGUCCGUAAGCUCCAUAUGCACACUUCAGGGACUUUCUGAUCCUUCUGUAGAACCACAGGGAAUGUUUCUUGCAUAUUAUGGUCUGAUGUUGAGGGUCAGACUGAUUCGUUAUUAAAUACAUCGAUCAAGGUCAAGGUCAUGUAAGUUGAAGUCAUAAUAUGGCUGAAAUAGUAAAGAAUAUGUGCAAGAAAACAAGAGAUAAAGGUUAUUGUUAAGGAUAUCUGCUCAUUUUUGUUUUGUUUAAGAUAUUACAAAAGAAUUUGUGGCAUGGUUGAGAAACUUUAUAUUUGCUACCUCUUUAUAAUUUUUGAGUAAACAUGUUUUUAUAUUUCUGUAUGAUCAUUUGUGACAAUCACAAAUCGUCCACUAUAGAGAUGUUUCCACUUAUCAUUGAGGAUACUAUUUGGAACCACUUAUAUACAACUGUGUAACAACUUCUUUACCAACAACAGUAUCGUGACAAACAAUAGUAUUGUGACAAACAACAGUAUCAUGACAAACAUCAAUUUCAGGACAAUCAACAAUUUCAUCACAAAUAUCAGUUACACAACAAGCAACAGUUUCAUGACAAACAGCAGUUGGAUGACAAACAAUAGCUACAUGACAAACAACAGUUACCCGACAAACAGCAGUUUUCAUCCAGAUGACAUGCUACAUGGAUGCCACAAUUAUUUACAUUAUUCCGGUCAGUUUGUGUUUGUCUGUACAUUUGAACAAACACAACAUUAUAGCAUGACAAAUGUCUGAUUUGUGUAUGACUACUAAGAUCAGUUUGAAUUAAAGAACAAAACAAUUCUUGUUCAUUGUCAGAACUUGUUUCACACCAGGCUAAUUUAUUUUCUAAAUUUACAGGGGAGUGAGUGAGUGAGUGAGUUGGGUCUAUGCCACUACAAUCAGUUUUUCAGCAAUAUUACCACUGCAGUAUGUAAGUUUAAUGUGACCCCAAAUUGAAGCAGAUUUUAGAUGUGCAUCUGUGUUGACAGACCAAGGAUCAUAAUCUGUUUCGAACCCACAACUAGUGGAUCCUGGCAUGACCAAGGGACUUUUAAGCAAGCACAGCAAAUUGCAGAUGAACCUACCCUAGAAUAAUAAUUGAAAAUAUGUAAGACCCUCUGUGAAUAAGCAUGCUUACAAAAGAGAUCUACAUGUUAUUAUUUUUUUUAAACAGAGCUUUCCAGAAAAAAUACCAAGUUAGCUUCCAAUUUACAGACAUUGAAAUAUAAUCAGAUUCUUAAAAAAAUCUUUGUAAAUAACCAUAAAUCAGAAAUAAGAAAAAAAGAUUGAUCUUGCCUUUAUGUCACCGACAUUUUUUUGAAUUAUUUAUUUAUUUUCUUCUUGUAAAUAAUAUACUUAUGAUAAAAUAUAUCAUGUCAUUUUCUGGUUUUAUGUUUAUGGCUAAUAAACACAAAAAGCAGAAUGUGAAUGUCUUAUUAUCUUAUAGAGAGCAUAAAAUGUCUUAUCUACAUCAAGACAGAUAAUAAAGAUAAGGUAUCCCAUAUUCAACUGCAGGUUGGUCUGGUGUGCGGUGUGUAUUACUAGUGAUCUGUUACAUGCCUCCCUCCUUCCUGGUGUGCGGUAUGUAUUACUAGUGAUAUGUUACAUGCCUCCCUCCUUCCUGGUGUGCGGUAUGUAUUACUAGUGAUCUGUUACAUGCCUCCCUCCUUCCUGGUGUGCGGUAUGUAUUACUAGUGAUCUGUUACAUGCCUCCCUCCUUCCUGGUGUGCGGUAUGUAUUACUAGUGAUAUGUUACAUGCCUCCCUCCUUCCUGGUGUGCGGAAUGUAUUACUAGUGAUCUGUUACAUGCCUCCCUCCUUCCUGGUGUGCGGAAUGUAUUACUAGUGAUCUGUUACAUGCCUCCCUCCUUCCUGGUGUGCGGUAUGUAUUACUAGUGAUCUGUUACAUGCCUCCCUCCUUCCUGGUGUGCGGUAUGUAUUACUAGUGAUAUGUUACAUGCCUCCCUCCUUCCUGGUGUGCGGUAUGUAUUACUAGUGAUCUGUUACAUGCCUCCCUCCUUCCUGGUGUGCGGAAUGUAUUACUAGUGAUCUGUUACAUGCCUCCCUCCUUCCUGGUGUGCGGUAUGUAUUACUAGUGAUCUGUUACAUGCCUCCCUCCUUCCUGGUGUGCGGUAUGUAUUACUAGUGAUCUGUUACAUGCCUCCCUCCUUCCUGGUGUGCGGUAUGUAUUACUAGUGAUCUGUUACAUGCCUCCCUCCUUCCUGGUGUGCGGUAUGUAUUACUAGUGAUCUGUUACAUGCCUCCCUCCUUCCUGGUGUGCGGUAUGUAUUACUAGUGAUAUGUUACAUGCCUCCCUCCUUCCUGGUGUGCGGUAUGUAUUACUAGUGAUCUGUUACAUGCCUCCCUCCUUCCUGGUGUGCGGAAUGUAUUACUAGUGAUCUGUUACAUGCCUCCCUCCUUCCUGGUGUGCGGUAUGUAUUACUAGUGAUCUGUUACAUGCCUCCCUCCUUCCUGGUGUGCGGUAUGUAUUACUAGUGAUCUGUUACAUGCCUCCCUCCUUCCUGGUGUGCGGUAUGUAUUACUAGUGAUCUGUUACAUGCCUCCCUCCUUCCUGGGCAGCAUUGGUUCCGGCAUGGCUACAAGAGCUGAUGAAAUGAUAAUUGGGUGGUCACAGUGUGUGACUUGACUGCUGGAAUCAAGGAUUGGGUGAUCAGUGUGUUUGACUUCCUUCAUUGUGUGAAUCAAGGAUUGGGUGAUCAGUGUGUAUGACUUGGUUCAUUGUGAGGGUCAAGGAUUGGGUGAGCAGUGUGUUUGACUUCGUUCAUUGUGUGAAUCAAGGAUUGGGUGAUCAGUGUGUAUGACUUGGUUCAUUGUGAGGGUUGAGGAUUGGGUGAUCAGUGUGUUUGACUAAGUUCAUUGUGUGAAUCAAGGAUUGGGUGAUCAGUGUGUUUGACUUAGUUUAUUGUGUGAAUCAAGGAUUGGGUGAUCAGUGUGUUUGACUUAGUUCAUUGUGAGAGUUGAGGAUUGGGUGAUCAGUGUGUUUGACUUGGUUCAUUGUAAGAGUUGAGGAUUGGGUGAUAAGUGUGUUUGACUUAGUUCAUUGUGUGAAUCAAGGAUUGGGUGAUCAGUGUGUUUGACUUAGUUCAUUGUGUGAAUCAAGGAUUGGGUGAUCAGUGUGUUUGACUUAGUUUAUUGUGUGAAUCAAGGAUUGGGUGAUCAGUGUGUUUGACUUAGUUCAUUGUGAGAGUUGAGGAUUGGGUGAUCAGUGUGUUUGACUUGGUUCAUUGUAAGAGUCGAGGAUUGGGUGAUAAGUGUGUUUGACUUAGUUCAUUGUGUGAAUCAAGGAUUGGGUGAUCAGUGUGUUUGACUUAGUUCAUUGUGAGAGUUGAGGAUUGGGUGAUCAGUGUGUUUUACUUAGUUCAUUGUGAGAGUUGAGGAUUGGGUGAUAAGUGUGUUUGACUUAGUUCAUUGUGUGAAUCAAGGAUUGGGUGAUCAGUGUGUUUGACUUGGUUCAUUGUAAGAGUUGAGGAUUGGGUGAUAAGUGUGUUUGACUUAGUUCAUUGUGUGAAUCAAGGAUUGGGUGAUCAGUGUGUUUUACUUGGUUCAUUGUGAGAGUUGAGGAUUGGGUGAUCAGUGUGUUUGACUUAGUUCAUUGUGAGAGUUGAGGAUUGGGUGAUCACUGUGUAUGACUUGGUUCAUUAUGUGCAUCAAGUAUUGGGUGAUCAGUAUGUUCGACUUGGUUCGUUGUGUGAAUUGAGGAUUGGGUCAUCAGUGUGUUUGACUUGGUUCAUUGUGUGCAUCAAGGAUUGGUUGGUUAUGGUGUGUGACUUGGUUCAUUGAGGAUUAGGUUGUCACAUUGUGGGACCUGUCACCCUGACUGUGUGGGCUGUUGAUCAUGCUGUGGAUCGCUGAUCUGCUGUGAUAAUGCUGACAUAGUGAUGACGGGAUUAAAACAAUAUUCAUUCACUCAUUCCUCUCCCUAACAGUCCAGUGCUACCAAGUAUUGCUCAUGUUGUGGCUCAAGUUCUUCAGCAAAGAAUAUUUUUGGUGAUACCUAGGAUUUCAGAUACAUUUCUAUUUCAAAUUUGUAUUCGUUGUCAAAAGAAAUUAAUUGAUAACAAAUAUUUAUUUAUAAAAAAAAAUCAGUUAAAAGUGUGGUUGAAAUAAAAAAUAUAUGUAUAUCAGUGGGGCUUUCUUGAAUGACAGGUAAAAUAGUUUCUUCGCUUUAUAAGAACUUGCCAACAUAUUUCUUGUUUUAAAGAUUCUCUUUGUUAAUAUGCCAAGAAAGAGGAGCCAAAAGAAUAUCUUGAUGCCACUGAAAAUGAGAAGGCAAAAUAAUAUCUCUAUGCCAUACAAAAAGAGAAGGCAGACUAAUAAACUUUAUUCCUAGAGGAGUCAAAAAAUAUACUUCGGAGUAUGUUUGGUGUUUUGAAAGAACAAGCUGUAUUUUUUUUUAAAUCAAAGAUUUACAUCCCUGUCCAUGUCGGUCUUCUUUGGAGAAGUCUUUUUAUUGCUGAAACUUAUUCACAGACAAAAUAUCAAAUUCAACAUUUGUGAUUUUUUUUUAUGUUAGCUGAUAAAUAAAACAAGCUGAAAUUAUGCAAGAUGUUCUCUGUAGGUGUGUUGUAGAUGUGCUGUAUUUCACUCGGCAGAGGUGAGUUUUGUAGUCAUCCAUGCCGGGUAGUGCUAGGCGCAAGCACCAACUAAGGUCUCCCAGAUCAUAACAAUACUCGUUGGUGACAUGAGUAAGUAAAAGUCCAAGAACUUUUGUCCUUUGUCCCACAUUAAGCUAUCAGUGCUGUCUACACUAAAUGCAACACAGUGGUUACCCAACUCACUCCCUUGUGAUAAUUCACCUGAUCACUGUUGCUAUCACCAAUCACAUCCUUCUGAAGCCUGUGUAAAUUUUAAUAAAACACAAUAAUAUGUAUUAGAAAGCAAAUCAAAUAGCAUUUUAAUUUUGUUUUACUUUUCAGAAAUUAGCAUGUCCUCAUGUGUAAGACAAGAACAAUGUUGGUCAGGCCUAAAACAUUUUUGUAAAGAAGCAUUUACAAUUCUGCCAGUCCAAUAUGUACAAUCAUGUAUGUCCUCAAGCAAAGUGAUAUAUAAGAGUUAUUCGCCCAGGAAUCAGAGAUGGUAUAUAUGACAACACAUCUAUCGGUAUAUGUCUUUGUAUAUAAUGAUUUGCAUUGAUAUGCACACUAAAAGAACGCAACCCUGACCUGUAUUCACCUAUGACUGUCAAGAGUUCCCCUGCUGGAAGGGGGAACACCUUGAUUGGGGAGGGCUUUAUACGUUCAUGCCGGUGGAGAUGUUGCAAUCCUAUAUCACUCCUGUCAGUUGUCCAUGUGGCCAGCAUGGGACAUGGCAUUUCAGUAUUCUGGAUUUGAUCAGUUCUGAACCAUUGGAAAUGGGAACAUGUCAAUGAGGUUAUCUGUCCUAUUACUAUGGUUACGGUUGGCGUUCCGACAGUGGUUCAUGGUACUCUGUUUGUAGCACUUAUAUUGGUGUUACUGUAGCAUCUUUUACAGUUAUCUUGCUUUACACUUAUUACUAUCGCUCAUUUCUAACUGUCAUCAGCUCGGCUAGUGUGUGUGUGUUCAUGUGCUAACAAAUCCCUUGGAGCAACAUCUACUAGAUCUUAUGAGUAUGGAAAGCUUUUAUUGUACACCCACUGACAGAUCUACUAGAUUUUGUGUGUACAUUCACCGACAGAUCUACUAGAUUGUGUGUACGUACACUGACAGAUUUGCUAGAUUUUGUGUGUCGUUCACUGACAUAUCUACUAGAUUGUGUGUGUACAUACACUGACAGAUUUGCUAGAUUGUGUGUGUACAUUCAUUGACCGAUCUACUAGAUUGUGUGUGUACAUUCACUGACAGAUCUACUAGAUUGUGUGUGUACAUUCACUGACAUAUCUACUAGAUUGUGUGUACAUUCAUUGACCGAUCUACUAGAUUGUGUGUGUACAUUCACUGACAUAUCUACUAGAUUGUGUGUAGAUUCACUGACAGAUCAACUAGAUUGUGUGUGUACAUUCACUGACAUAUCUACUAGAUUGUGUGUGUACGUACACUGACAGAUCUACUAGAUUGUGUGUCUAAAGUCACUGACAUGUCUACUAGAUUGUGUGUACAUUCACUGACAGAUCUACUAGUAUGUGUGUGUACAUUCACUGACAUGUCUACUGGAUUGUGUGUGUACAUUCACUGACAGAUCUACUAGAUUGUGUGUGUACAUUCACUGACAUGUCUUCUAGAUUGUGUGUGUAUGUACACUGACAUGUCUACGAGAGAGUGUGUGUGUGUGUACAUGCACUGACAUAUGUAAUGUAUGUGAGUGUAUAAACAUGCAUUGACAUAUGUAGUGUGUGUAGAUGCAUUAACAUGUAGUGUACGUGCUUGUAUGCACAUGCAUUGACAUAUGUAGUGUGUGUACAUGGGUGCGCUUGCACUGGCAGGACUUGGAAGGGACCCCUGUGCCUCUUUCCACCUCUUUAUUACAUUGUACAAUACUCAGAGCUGGUAUUUUUAUGAACACAAAUAUGCUUUAUUAAAUAAACAUUUACCGAAAA